UUUUCAAUAGUUGUUUUUCGGUUUUUUUUAAGUUGUUUUAUACUAAUUUAAUUUGUCAUUUCAAUAUAGGAAAAAGGCAGUGACUCUUCCAAUGAUGAUGAUGGAAGUGGUGAUGAAGCAGAUUUUGAUUUAAAUGGAUCUGAAGAAACUGAUGAAAAUGAAGAAGAGAAUGUUAUGGGUGAUGAAGAAGGGGAGGGUAGUGAAGGUGAAGACAAGGAUGGUCAAGCCGAUGAAGAUUCUGACUCAAAAGAAAAAAAUGAUAUGAGCAGUGAUGAUGAAUCCACUGAUAGUGAGGAGAAGGUAGAUAAGUAGACAAUGUAACUAGGUUUUAGUUACUUUGUGUGGUUUAUUUUGUUGUAAGUCCGUUUUAGGUUGUGGUCUUGUAAUUCUAUGUUAUUGUUAUGUCUCUUGUUAUGUUUUAUUUUUCAGAAAUUUGCAACUAUUUUUCAGACUAUUUAUUUGUAUUUAUUAUGUUAUUUAUAUGGCUGUGUUUAUAGAAUAUGUUGUUCUCAAUUUAUUGUUGGUCUUCUUAUUUUACUUGUUGUUUUUAUUUUGUUUUUAAGUUGUUAUGUAGUUUUUUUUUAGUUGUUGAAGUAUUUCACAAAUAAUAACUUCACUUUUUUUCCAUUUUCUUUUUUCCUUUAUUUUCUGUAUCAAGAAUUUCGUUGAUUUCAAUGACGGGCCUACUCAAAUAGAUGUUGAGGCUACUGUUCAGUCCGGUGUAAAAGCAGUUGAGAUUAUGGUAAUGUUGCUUUUGUGUUGUUUUUUGGUUGUGUAAAGGUUGUUAUUUUUUACCCAUGCUCCAAUUACUUUUUAAUACCAUAUAUAAACAGAUGUCUUCAGAUGGAAUUGGUGGUGAUCCUUGUAAACAGAUUUCAGUUUCUGAAAAUGUUGAGGUUACGGAUCGUCGUCUUGUUUGUUUUGAGGUAUAUUUUUUUUUUUGGUUGUUUUUUAGUUUCUUCAUACUUUUUGUGUUUAACACUGUCUAUUUUCUUUCAUUUUUGUGGAAAAAAUAUAUUAGAUGGGUGCAACAGGUCUCAAUGUUGAUUCUAACAUUGAACUUGAAGAGGACCCAAUUCCCGUUGAAGAAACUCCUCUUGUUGACAAGAGGAAAUCUAAGAAACCCAUAGCGCUGACGUCUCCGUUUAUGGAGUAUGACUCUUCCAUUUCUAGUUCUAAAGAUGGUUCUGGUUAUGGAGUUGUUAAGUAUGUGGCUGGGUUGUGUCCUCUCGAUGAUAAGAUUGGUAAAGAUGUAGAACAUAAAGACGAGAAUGAUUUUAACUUGUGGCUUGGUGAAGGACGCCGAUCGAAGAAAGAUCCGUAAGUGUUUAUUUUCAGCAUUUUUGUUGUGUUUUUGUAUUUUUUGUUUUUUACUUUACUAUUUAUGUUUCAUUUUUUUUUUUAAAUGUUAGGCAUGACAAGGACAAGGUUUACUUGAAGGGUAAGGAUAAGAUUGUUCCCCCUUUUCGUUUUGGCGUGGAAGAUGUUGCAACCAAGAUGUGGUUCCACAAGCUUGCAUAUCCUGGCCAAUGUUUAACUAAUUCUCAUCUGGACAUCAUUUUUUACUAUCUACGUAAAAAAGGAAAGUAUGCAAAGGAGCCAAAGGUUAAGUUCACAACCACCGAUUGCUUAUUCUUCAAAACCAUUCAUGCUUUGUAUGAAAAAUUUAUUGCACAGAAAAAAAAUCUUUCUUUGAUAACUGCCCAGCAUGCCAUUGCUGAUUAUAUAAGAGGUAGAAAAAUGUUAUGUGGUUCCCCUUGGCAUUUGUGCGAUCAUGUUUUCUUUAUCAUCCAUAUGGAGACUGAAUCACAUUGGAUUCUUGGUCGAUUGAAUAUUGAGGAAAGGCGUAUGUACAUGUACAACUCCUUGUCGACUGCUAUGAAAGAUAGUGCUGCUAUCAAAGCUUGUCAGCCAUUUGCGGUGUUGUUGCCCCACUUUUUUGCUUUGUUUGAUGAGUUCAAAAAGGAAAACAAACCGGUUUGUUUAGACCCUUUCGAAGUUGUUAAGGUUGAUGGUUUGCCUCAACAAACCUCGAAUGACUGUGGUUGUUUCGUUGCAUCGUUCGCCGAAUACUUUAUUGAUAUGAAACCGAUUCCUCCCAUAUUUGAUGUUGAGAAACACCGUGAUAGGCUUGCUGUGUUGUUCUAUAAGUAUGCUCGCAUGAAAGAAGUGGAUUUUAUUGAUAGUGAAGAUGAGGCUUCUCCAAAGGGUCCAAAGAAGAAUUUGUCUUAGUUAUCUAUUGGUUGUUGUUGGAAAUAUUACUUUUUUUAUUUAGCUUUUGUUUUUUCUAUUACCAGAUUAUGUUCAUAAUCAUAGACAAGUUGUUGUUUCUAUCAUGUUUUUUUCUUAAUUGGAAUUGGUUUUUAAUUUGUUCAUAUUUUUGGAUUUUUAAUCUUUAUAUUUACUCUUACUCAUGGCAGCAUACUAUUAACAACCUUAUUACAACCAUCUGACAAACAACUAAAUUGCAUUUGUAAUCACUUUAUGUAGUUUAUUUUUCCUUCUUAUUAAUUUCAACCUUCUUCCACUCAUUUAAUUAUUUAACUAUAAUAUUUUGAUGUUCUUUUGUAUAUUAAUGAUAAUAAUACCAAUUCCCUAUUAUCAAUAUCUCUCCACAUAAAAAAUCUCAAUAAAAAAAUGUAUGUAACAACCAAUCGUAAUAUGCAGUAUGUGUUUUCUAAAUGUUUUAAUAUAAUUGUUUUUUGGUUGAUGUGUAGUUGUUUCCACUUCUAUGCUGUAAUUCUUCUGCAGGUCUUUUUGUUAUGUCCCUUUUGUCCACACUUGCCACACUUGUUUUGUUUCUUUGUUUCCCAAGCUGCUGCCAUUCUUCUUUUCCUCGGCCUUCCAGACUUGAUUCUCUCCUUUGGAGGCAACACUAUGAUGUCUUCAAAAAAUUCUGGAAGUUCCCAUUCUCUUACGUUUCCAACUGGGUAUACUGUUUCUUCAUAUGUUUGCAGCCAUGCUUUUGAUGUGUAGUAUUGUGCACAGUAGUUGUAUGUGUUUAUGUUCAAGUCCUUCAUGACGCGCGAUCGCAUGGU